CCAAUUGCAUUAGAAAAUACAAUAUUUUUGUGUGUGAAAACAAAAAAAAAGCGGCGAAAAUAGCCAACAGCUGAGUGUCAACGUCAUUUCACUUCAUUCCGGCCGGGCCUUGGCAUUGACAUUGACAUUGACAGUGUGUAGGAGGUGUCUGUCUGUCUCUGUGUGUGUGUAAUAAUUAAUGUUAAUAUUAGUGUUUGAUUUAGUGCAUUUAAUUGCCCCGUUUAUUUAUGAAAUUCAAUUCUGUGAUUAAGUAAAAACUAUUCUUUUACAAAACUCAAGUACUUACCCUGUGAUACAAAAAAAGGAGCAAAAAGGCCAAAAGGACAGCAACAGUUAGCAGCACACACAACACACAAUGGAAAAGUCAAAUUUAACAGAAAAAAAUCAAGCCAGUGUCUAUAAAGACACCACCAAACCAAAGAAGCCAAAACGUCGGGACAAAAGCGAUUUGGGACCCGAUUUUGUGGCUCCAGAUGGCGGUUGGGGCUGGGUUGUUUGUGUGGCAGCAGGAAUGAGUAAUUUCUGCCUGUUCCCGGCACUACAGCAAUAUGGUUUGAUAUACAGAGAUCGGAUGCAAGGACUUGGAUUCAGUCCCAAAGAGACCACAUCCAUUGUCAAUGUGGUGAUGGCCGUAUCCUCGCUAGUGGGCAUUGUAAAUGGGGCAAUGUUCCGGAGGUUCACCUUUCGUCAGGUGGCUCUGACUGGCACCUCUUUGGCUUGUGUCGGCAUCUUUGCCUCGGCCUUUUGCACAACCUUUGUCCAGUAUUGUAUCUUUCUGUCAUGCAUCUAUGGCAUUGGCCUGGGUCUGUCCAUGGCGGCCACAUCUCUGGCCGUGAACACAUACUUCAAGCAGAAACGUCGUCGUGCCACUGGCUUUACGUGGACAAUAACCGGCCUGGGACCGAUCAUCUUCCCCCAUGUGUCGACCCUGUUGAUGAGCUACUAUGGCUCAUUCGUCAGCAUUCUGGUGUAUUCGGGCAUUUGCAUGAAUGCAAUACUCUGCGCCAUGAUGUUGCAGCCGGUGCUGUGGCAUGUGGCCAAGAAGCCCAAGACUGCGAUCCCGGCCACGAAUGAGGAGAAGGAGCCUCAGUCAGAGCUUUUGGAGGCAAACGGCAAUCUGCUGGCCCCAAACACCGAUCCUCUGGCUGACUAUGAGUGCAAAUAUUGUCAGUAUCAGAAGCGAGGCAAACGCGGCAUCUUCUCGUCCCAGUAUCUGUUCAAUGUCGACGAUCCCGAGAGGCCGGGCUAUGAGAUCACAGAGCCGGGAACACCCAUGCUGGCCCGGGCCAACGAUGGUUGGUUUGGCUCCAAAAUGUCCCUGACCUCAGAACAUGCCAAUGGAGCUCGCUAUCGCAGUAGGCAGGCCUUGAUGCGUCAACUCUCGACCACGGGGCGGAGUCGUGAGAAUCUGGAUAGAUUGGAGGCCAACGGUCAUCGCGGUGGCGAUGAUGUGGAAACGCCAGGCCAGACAUCGUUGUAUAAGCCAAAUUACUUUAAUCGCGAACGCGAAGACAUGGAGCGUUAUGCCAGCAAGAUGAGUGUCUAUUCGAAAUCUGGACACGAUCAGGAGCUGCUGCGUUGCACCUGCGCCGAGGAUAAGGUCUUGCUGCAAAAAUCCGCCGAAGCCCUGAAACAGGAGCGUCUCGAAUUGGAGGCUGCCGAGCAGGCCGAAGAGGAGGCCAAGAGCCGCAUGACCUUCUGCCAGAAGGUCAACAAAUUCUUCGAUCUCGAUUUGGUGCAGGAUCUAACAUUUGUCAAUCUCGCCGUUGGCAUGAGUGUGAUGAUGUUUGGCGAAAUGAACUUCUCGGUGCUAACGCCUUUCAUUUUGAAUAGCUUUGGCUAUACCGAUCCACAAAUUUCGCUGGCCAUGUCACUGCUAGCUGCUAUGGACAUCUCUGUGCGUUUCCUGGCCCCGCUGGCCCUCGAGAAGGUGAAACUGGACAAUCGAGUGCUCUUCGCCUUUGGCAUUAUGUGCAUUGCUGUGGGUCGUGUCAUUGUCACCCUCACCAGUUCCUACAAUGUCAUUUUGGCUGUUUUUAUCAUGAUUGGUUUUGGCAAAGGAUUCCGCACCAUAUUCUCGCCCCUGAUUAUACCCAGCUAUGUGCCAUUGAAACGUUUGCCAGCCGCCUCGGGUCUCCAGUUGAUCUUUAACACCAUGUUUUCGCUAGUUAUGGGUCCCGUCUUGGGUAUUCUCACUAAUGCCUACGGCUAUACGGCAACCAUCCAUGCCAUUAAUACUUUGACUGCAGUGGCCCUGCUACUUUGGCUCCUCGAAUCGGUUGUUCGCCGCAUGCUGGGCAAACCCUCUACAGGAUUGGGCGCGUAAUCCCCUGUCAGGACUAACUGGUCCACCAUGAAUAAUUGAGCUUCUUAAACAUACUUAUUUAGACAGUCUGAGAUGAAACAGCAGGCUUUGCGAGAUUAAAAUCAGGCCAUAUCUGAGAAAGAAAGAAAGAAAGAGAGAGAGAGAGAGUUAAAUAUUCCUUGAGCAUCAGCAACUUGGCUAAGCUCGUACUUAAAGGUACUCUGGAUGUGUAAUCUUAAAUAAAUUUCUAUGUAUAUUAAAUUAAGUUUUUUUUUUUGGUGAAAUUUCAUUUUACACCUUGUAUGAUAAAUUAGUAUUGUAAUUAAAUGUAUUUAGGUAUUAAACACAACUUAAUAAUGA